AUCCGCUUCUACAUGACUGUCCAGAACACAACAGUACCCGGAUGGUCUGUCAUGGCCGCCGUUGCUGAGCUGCUAUAGUGAAGAAAAAAGGAAAGCAAAUGUUUUACUCUGUUUAUUUUUUUUAUUUUUUUAUUUUUAAAAGCUUACUUCAGUAAUAUCGGAUGUUGACAGGACGUCGCACCAUCUCCCAUCAAGUUAAAAAUUCCGCAGCCACUCCCACAAGUUCCUGUUCUUCAGCUAGAAAAUGCAGUGAUGUGUAAGUUCUUCCCAAAAGAAUAAGAAAUUGGCUGAGUUACAACUAUGGAAGAACACCUUGCAACACCUGGUGAUUCUGCCAAAAAUGGAAACUUCACCACAAUAGAGGAUGAAAAAGAAGAGAUAAAAGACUUUGUUUAUAAACAUUUCAAAGAGGUGACAGAUCAUUCCAAUGGGUCAUUCAUCUAUGAUCCUGAAGAAUGUUCCAUGGAUCCUGAGAGUCCUGCUGAGAAAGAAAGAAAAACUUUCAAGAAAUCCCCUUGUAAAGUUCAACAGGGGGCAGUUUUCUCUGGAAAAAUUCUUAGCUUUGGCUGUUCAGUGUGUAAAGAUGAUUUCACAUAUAGCCCCAAUGAUCUCCUGAAACAUUUUCAAGGGGCCCACAAAGGGACCCUUCCUACAUACCCUUGUGAUCUCUGUGGCUUUGUCACAAAUGAGUUCCCUGCUCUUCAGCGCCAUCGGAUUGGGCACAGGAGUACUCCGGUCACAUGUGAAAAAGAAGAGAUAAAAGACUUUGUUUAUAAACAUUUCAAAGAAGUGACAGAUCAUUCCAAUGGGUCAUUCAUCUGUGAUCCUGAAGAAUGUUCCAUGGAUCCUGGGAGCCCCACUGAGAAAGAAAGAAAAACUUUCAAGAAAUCCCCUUGUAAAGUUCAACAGGGGGCUGUUUUCUCCGGGAAGAUUCUUAGCUUUGGCUGUUCAGUGUGUAAAGAUGAUUUCACAUAUAGCCCCAAUGACCUCCUGAAACAUUUUCGAGGGGCCCACAAAGGGACCCUUCCUACAUACCCUUGUGAUCUCUGUGGCUUUGUCACAAAUGAGUUCCCUGCUCUUCAACGCCAUCGUAUCGGGCACAGGAAUACGCUGGUCACAUGUGAGAUCUGUAAUGAUGGUGUUCAGUACUCUCUGCUUUUGCUUACAAGGCACUACAUAAUGUGUCACAGUCAAAAUGGACACUUUCGCUGUGAAAAAUGUGAUUUUACAACUGUAGAUGCAGGUACAUUUGUCCAGCAUAUCCAUCAUCAUAAUGAGAGGUGCUUCAAAUGUGUAAAAUGCAGACAUGUUAGCUUGAACCAAGAGGAGUACCAGAAGCAUAUGAAAGCUCACUCUGGUACCUUCCCCUUCACUUGUCAGAUCUGUGGAUAUGGUGCAGCAAGGAGUGAGUAUCUUACAAAACACAUGCUUUCUGUCCAUAAUGAGGAGAGAAAGAGUGUAUGGAGAGCUAUAGAGGAUAACAGCUCCCCAACACAUUCAUCUGCAGGUUUAAAACUUCUGUUAAAGAAAGGUCCCUCUAAUGGUGGAGAAUCAAAAGAGUCUCAUUGGAUGUCAAAACUGACCUGUCUUCCUGGGAGUUUAUCAAACAAAAAUGGCAGGUUACUCAAACAAGAGAGAUCCUUGGAGGAGGCGGAACAGUUUGUUGAUAGGACUGUAGUGAAAAAGGACAACAAAAACUGGAGCAAAAGCUCUCAUAACAAAGAGCAGCCUGUCUCUCUGGCAUUUCCAUCUGCACCAUUAAUGUCGCAGGAACGUGAUAACUCUUCAGGGUCUGAUGCAGCAAGUCACACCAGCCCGAAUGGACUUACUGUUCUGAUGGUUAAGAACAAAAUCUCUCUCCCCCCCAACUGUACAACUAAAGUGAUGGGUUUUAAAAUGGUUGAUGGCAAAAAGCAUUUAGUUCUAAAAGUCAUACCAACAGCAAAACAAGAGUCAUCCACUCAAAACCCUUCUGCAAUCGAAGACUUGGGUUCUAGAGCAUCAGAUUGUACAUAUGAUGAAAGUAAAGAGACUGUAGAGAAUGGAGAACACCAUGAUAUUAACUGUUUGACAUCCCCUUGCUUGAAUGUUUCUCAAAGUGGAUUUUGCAUGCAGACUGAUCAAGAUGAUAUUGUAGCAGUAAAAGUUAAGCAGGAAGAGGAAGAAAACUCUGUUAGCAGCCUUUUUCCCAGCUUGCAUAAGGAUGAAGUUGAAGAACAAACCCAACAUUCAAAAAAAUGGUGUUCAACUGAUACAGUAUAUCCCAUGGCGCAAGAGCCUGAUCAUGUCAAGGAGUUAAGACAGCUUGAUCUAUCAACCUGUCUGGAGAAAAGUCAUCUUGAUAUUAACUCAUUGUCUGCCACUUUCAACACUGAUCCACCUGGCCUUUGUGAUUAUAGAGUUAGCAACAUCGGUUCUCCAGUAUUGUCAACUGAUAUGGUCACUGGUCAAUCCUUACCCUCAAAUUUGGCUCAACAAAUGUUGCACAAAGUGCUGCCCAAAGAAAACGCUGAGAACUUCAGGGCUCCAAAGGUGCUUGCAACAGCAGAUGCAGUUGAUGAUACACUAACUGACAAAUCUAAAGGGGACUGCUCUUAUAACACCAUGUCAAAUGGUGACCAGUUCUCUCAAAAUGCUCCAGAAAUAACUGAAAGCCAGGUGAAAUUCUGUAAAAAUGCUCAGCAGAAUACAAGUAAGCUAUCAACAUUUCCAGUUCCUCAGCCAGAGUCGCCUUCAUCCACUUCAAGUAUCCACAGAGAAACAGCCAUAUAUACAGAAAACUACACACAGAAUUCACCAAACCAAGAAGUAUUUAGUUUUCAUAACUAUUCCAAAGAAACCUUUAGCAUUUCACUUCACACUACCCAACCUUUUGACAAUCUAUCUGAUAAUUCAACAGACAGAGAGAGUGUUUGUGAUGAAGAAUCAUCACAGUUUAGCCUGACGUUAGCAGAGUCUCCACCACUGCUCACAGAAGGUGGAAAUGGAAGUGUCACAAUUAGAGAGGAAGAUAAUCAGUACAUUCAUGGGAAGGACAUGGAAAAAGUGUCAGAUAGUGACAUUGAGGUUGAUGAAUGUAUAGCUAGUGUUGAAGACUCUCCCACUGAGGAUGAAAAUCCUGAGUCGAUACUCGAAGACUUCAAUAUUAUCAAAAUUGAGGAGGAGAACAUUCCAGUAUCUAAAAAACAGCCAGAAAGCAGGAGUUGUUCAGCCUCUUUGGGUCGUAUUGUGGAAGAACAUUCAGAUGCCAUCAUUACCCAGCAGCUUAAUAAAGAAAGAAAUGGAACUUCAAGUGCAAGCAGUGACUGUGCAAGGCCAACAAAGACCACUUUACGAAUUCUUCAAAUGCCAGAGGGUAAGCAGCAAAUGCUCUUGCAAACUUCUGAAAAUCGAUAUGCCAUGCCCGUGCAGUUGAAGGGCAAUCCAGGAUUCAAGCUGAUAACCAACUCCAUUAAUCCUCAGAUCAAUGUAUCUUACAUGAAGCCAGGAUUGCAAAGAUCACAUAACCUUACUGGCCUCACUCUCACUGCCAACGGUGGAAGGACACGUGUGUCAACACCAGUGCCAGGGGCUUGUGAAAAAGGGGCAACACUGCUAUCUCCUAUUCAGCCAGUUAGCACCACAUCAAAUCACUACCUUAUCAACAGUACAGGUUUUAAGGGUCCUGUUCUCCUCUCAAGCACAGGACAUUGCACUGCUAUGGACAAGACUGUGAAGACACAGCCAACUUGCUAUUUGGUACAGAGAUCACUUCCAGUUGUUCAGGCUCCCAGUAAUCCUGGAUACAGAUUGGCAACUUCUCAGGUACCACUCAGUUCACGCCCAGUUCUGGCUAUGCCUGUGAGCUCUGCAAACAAAUCCACCACUUUGCAGACCAGUCGUCAGGCUUUCCUGGUUAGAUACAUUUCCCCACCCAAAUCAGGCAUACUUCUUAAUAAUUCAGAGGGAAAGACUAUGACUCAGUGUAGCCAAACCCGUGAAAGUACUGGAAACAAAGUUGUAUUUAAAAUUGUCACUCCUACAAGCGGGCUUCUUACAAGUGGUGCUACCACCGCAGCCAGUCAGCCUCUGUUCCUAGCCACUAGACCUCAGACACAAUGUUUUUUGGUGUCAUCAAACAGAACUAAUGCAAAUGCCUCCACUGAAGUGAAGAAACUGAUCCCCAUACAAAGCACUGCCCAGAAACAUGUAAAGUUAUCCUGUCUUUUGCCAUCCCAGCCUACUGUAAAUGUUAAGGUGAAAUCGCAUGAGGAAGAAAAACUUGUCUUGGCCCCGAGGCCAAUUCGGCCACCAAGCCAAAGAAAAAGGCGUAGGAAACCACUGUUUGAUGAGCUUUCAGUGUCUGUGCAUAAAGCCAGGAGACUCACAAAUAAAACACUGACUGAAAAAGAAACUACAGCAUUCUGGCAGCCUAUACCCAAAGAAGUUGAAAGGACACUGAGACUUUCCCCAUUCAGUUCUUUUCAGCAGGUCAAGUGUCCUCGUAGAUACCAACCUGUAGUGGUGCUCAAUCAUCCAGAUGCUGACAUUCCUGAAGUGGCCAGUAUCAUGAAGUCUGUUAACAGGUACAGAGGUGCUGUUACUAAAGUAUCCCUCUCUCAAAAAACAGUUCAAGCACUCUCUGAACUUGAGGUUCUAGGGAGGAAGUCCUUGACCAAAGGUCCUUCGUCUCAAAGCAAUGAUCCAAUACCUCGACCAGUUCAGAGUUCUGUCCGUGAGCGAUUCAUUCUGAAAAUGAAAUUGAGAAAAAAAAGCAAGAAAAAGUAUGAAGUAGUCAAAGCUUUAUCAAAUUGCACAGAAAAGCCCUCAGUGUUUGACUGCUGGUUUUGUGGUCGGCUCUUCAGCAGUCAGGAAGAUUGGAUUGGCCAUGGCCAGCGACACCUCAUGGAGGCAACUAGGGACUGGAAUAAAUUGUUCUGAAAGUUUUCCACCAUCCUUUUUAGGUGGAACAGACAGAUUAAUGUUGUAUAUUUUCAAAUGACUUUACAUUGUACUUUUAUUCUUGCAGCAGUUUUUAUUCCUGUAAAUAUAUAUUCUCAAGUAGAUCACAGUUUAUCUUUUCAUAUGUACAUAUGGUAAUUUAUGUACUACGUGUUUUUUUUUUUGUUUUUUUUUUAAAUCAUGCAUGUACAGGUCAAAUGGAACUGUGAAAACGGAGCACACUGUAAUUAAGAAAGUACUGAUAACAGAGCCACUGGUUUGAUGAAGGGGGAAACUAUCAGCAAAGGUUGUAUGCAUAGUUGUACUAAAUUACUCAGGUGAUUUCAUAUUUUUUCAUUUUUCAAUUUUCAACUAAUCUGGCUUGAAAAAAGUUUGUAAUUUUUGCUCUUUUUUAAAGUAAUAGCUUUUAAGGGAUUUGUGUAUAUUCUUUUUUUCUGGACAGGAGGACUGUAAAUUUUUUUGUAUGGCUUAACUGUAAAGCAGUCAGACAAUGACAUUGUUUUGUGUUUGUGAUGGGGAAAAAUGUUAUGGUCCAGUUACUUUUUUGUGUUAGUCAAGGGGAUUAUAUACUUCCGCUAUUGGUUUAUUCAAAUUCAUUGUCAGAUUUUGUCAACUUGUAGCAUGCAUUCUCAAAGCUAGAACUGAGGGUUUUUUAGUAUGCCAAGUGGUGCAAUGAAAAUGUUCUCAGAUAAUACUUGUGCAGAAAAGAAAAAAAAUCCUGUCAAACAUGGAUGGCUCAUGGCUCAUAAUCAGUACUUGAGAAAUAUAACUCAGUCCAUAGUACAGCCUAUGCAGUUAACAUGCAAAAUGAUAUUCCAUAGUGAAACAACUCACACUGUGCACCCAAGUUCUAUGGUGGAAACCAAAUUUGCCCUCUCAAGUAGGUUAAUGAUCAAGCUGAAACUGUUUUUGGUUCAAGAAUAACAAACUCAUUUGCAAAUAUCAGAUUUGAUUUCCAUUACUGAUUUCAUGUCAGCUACUUUUAUAGGUGGUGUAGUAAUCAGUCCACACUAUUCUUGUUCUGCAUAAAUUCUAGAUUGAGGAAACCCAAAGUGAAUAUUUGAUGAUGUUGAUAGGUCCAUAUGUAACAUAAGUACAUUAUUGGUGACAUCAACAACAGAGUCCUUUUUUACUGUAAAUAAUUUCUCUUUUAAUGUUAUAUUUGAAGCAUUU